AUGCUCAUCAUUAUAAUCACCAAAAUCCCUAAUUCUAAUCCUGAAUUUAUCCAUCUCUAUCUUCCAAUCGCCAACAACACUGAUUCAUUUAUUGAUUCACACAUACACGCGCCUGUCUCGGCGUAUGCGCUUUUCUUUCGAGACACACAAGCGGCCAUCAAAGGACGGACACCGAACGCAACAUUCGGUGAGGUGUCCAAAAUUGUCGCAUCGAUGUGGGACGCACUCGAUGCUAAACGUGAAUAUUUGAAGCGAUUGGCCGCAUAUCGUGCCAGUCAAAUUUCACAGGUACGUUCGUAG